CUUUUCUUUAUCACUUUUUAUCUUCCAUUUCUCUCUAACGAAAUUCUAUCUUCAAAAUCCAAUCUUUUCUUCUUAAUCUUCUCCGAUUCAUUUUCUUGAAACCGGUGAGUUCUGCUAGCUGAUUUUGAUCGAAAUGAAUGAUCUUCUUUCACGAUCCUUCUCUCUGCCCCGGGAAAACGGCGGGUCGUCUCCGGCGCCGCCUGAAUCCCACACCAUCGAGAUGAGCGCCGCCGCCAACGGCGGCGGAGCCAACCUGGCCAAGUUUUUCGAGGAUGUCGAGGCUGUCAAGGACGACCUUAAGGACAUCGAGAAAAUCUACGGCAGCCUGAAAACCGCCCACGAACAGAGCAAGACUGUGCACAACGCUAAACAGGUGAAAGAGCUCCGGGCGAGGAUGGACAAAGACGUCUCCCUGGCGCUCAAGCAGGCGAAGCUCAUCAAACACCGCCUCGAGGAAUUGGACCAGUCCAACGCCGCCAACCGGAAAGUCUACGGCUGCGGCCCCGGCAGCUCCUCCGACCGGACCAGAACGUCGGUAGUCAAUGGGCUGAGGAACAAGCUUAAGGAGUACAUGAACCAGUUCAACGACCUCCGCCAGAAGAUCGAAUCCGAGUACCGGGAAACCGUCCAGCGGAGAUACUACACCGUCACCGGCGAAAACCCCGACGAGGAGGUCCUGGACAAGCUUAUUUCCACCGGCCAAAGCGAGACGUUCAUGCAGAAGGCGAUACAGGAGCAGGGGAGAGGGGAGGUGAUGAACACGGUGAUGGAGAUUCAGGAGCGGCACGAGGCGGUGAAGGAGGUGGAGAGGAACCUGAAGGAGCUGCACCAGGUGUUCUUGGACAUGGCGGUGCUGGUGGAGACGCAGGGGGAGCAGCUGGACGACAUUGAGAGCCAGGUCAACAGAGCUAACAGCAUCGUCCGCCACGGCGCCGAUCAGCUUCUCACCGCCAGGAAGCACCAGAAGAACACCCGCAAGUGGACUUGCUUCGCCAUCAUACUCUUGCUCAUCAUCAUCUUGAUCGUCGUUCUCUCAAUCCGCCCAUGGAAAUGAGAUUAUUAUCAUUCAAACUCAAACUUCAUUAUUCUUUACUCUUACUUUUCUUCGUCAGGCCGGGUUGUUUUCUUCUUCGCACGGCGGCGGCGGCGGCGGCGGCUAGUAUUCUUUUGUUGUGAUUAUAUAUAUUUUUUAGUUAUUGGAGUGUCUUACAUGUGUUGGUUGGUUGAAUAUAUUAAUUAGGCACCAUAUGUCAAUUUACAGGGGUUUCUUUUGUAUUGAAUACACAAUAAAUAGAAGGAUAUACAUUUCAUUAUUUAUUGUUUUUGCACAA